AUGUCCUCCUCCAGGCUUACUGGGGAGGACAAGAUCAUGGGUCGCUUCGACACAGUGAUUGGCGUCAUGGUGCUGCUAAAUGCACUUGCCAUGGCAGUCAACUUGGAGUGCGUGGGCGCACAGUCUGCAGCCACCCUGGGCUUGACCGGCGGCCUAGCUAUCUGCGAAACAAUGCCAGUCUUGGAGUUCCUGGAACAUUUCUUCGCAAUGGUCUUUGCGCUGGAGCUCGUCUACCGUCUCUAUCGCAUACGAUGCGCUUACUUCGGCGAACCCUGGAACUGGUUGGACUUCUCGCUCGUCCUCAUCGCUUUUUUCGAUCUCUAUGUUCUGGAUGCGCUCUUGGCAGACACGCCUGCGCACAAUGCAACCACACUACGUGUCUUCCGAGUGGUCAAGCUGGCGCGGGUUCUUCGAAUUGCACGCGCACUCCAUCUCUUCCGAGGCCUGCGUGUGCUGGUCAAGGCGUGCAGUUCGUUCUUGCCCUCUUUGAGCUGGUCGAUGGCACUGCUUGGCUUGUGUAUGAUCUCUUCAGGUUUGCUAAUUGGAAACUUGCUCCAAGAUUAUAUCAUCGAUGAGUCAAAGGAUCCGGAUGCGCGUGAAUGGAUUUGGCGGCAUUAUGGAACAUCCUUCCGGGCUAUCUACACCAUGUAUGAGAUAACCUUCGCAGGAAAUUGGGGCAUUUACGCCAGACCUGUGCUGGAGAACGUCAGCCACUUCUACGUUGUUUUCUACGUUAUUUACAUAACUUUCGUAGUUUUUGCCGUGAUCCGAGUAAUUACGGCGAUCUUCUUGCGCGAGACAUUAGAGGCUGCCAAUAACGACGCAGAGCUCAUGGUCCAGGAAGGUCUGCGGAGAAAGGCAACUUAUAUUCACAAGCUUGAGGCCAUCUUCAACGCGAUUGACGAAAGCCAGGAUGGCUUGAUUGAUGAGGAUGAGCUGAAUGAGCUCUUCAUGGAUUCGCGGGUGACCACGUAUUUGGAAACGCUUGAGAUUGAUGUGAUGCAAUCUUCUGCACUUUUCCAUUUGCUGGCCAACAGCGAUGGGCAGAUUACUUGUGCAGACUUCAUCGACGGCAUCCUGAGGUGUAAGGGACCAGCGCGAGCCAUUGAUCAGAUUAUGAUGGAGAAAAAUGUUCGGCGGCUGGAGGAGCAGAUCAAAGCCAUGAUGGGUGCUCUCGAGACUGCGGAGAUCAUCGCAAGGCGGCCGAGCCGGCCAUCUCAGAACAGGCCAGCAAGGAGAAU